UUCCGAGCUCGAAGCCUGACAGGGCUCUCAAGCGUCGAGUUUCAGAUUUCCUGGAUAUUGACGCGAAGGACAACCUCCUAAUUAUAUACUAUGGUGGUCAUGCAAGAAGAGCUCUACAGUCUAAUGAGGCCUCUUUGUGGUUUGCUCUAGGAACCGAGACAAUCCUUCAAUCGCAAUACCGUCCGGAGGUAUACAGUCCAUGCUCGAAGAAGCCGACGCCGAUGUUCUGCUCCUGUUGGAUUGCUGUCACUCUGCUGCUGUGCCAACAACUGACUGCCAACAACGAACUGGCGGAGUCGUGGAGGUGAUAGCGGCAUGCGGGUAUGAGACUAUUGCUGCAGAGGUGGACCAACACUCCUUCACAAAAGCCCUUACGGAUAUUUUGGCCAUGGCUUCCAAAGGUUUACCAUUCUCUAUCGGGGAACUGCAUUCCCGAGUGUUAAGCAGGCUUAAAUGUUGGACACCGCAAUUAUCAACUGAUGUGGAAGGGAAUUAUAUCGAGAAUGCCGAAGGGCGGCUGUUAUACGAGCGGCAGCCUCGAAGGACGCCUAUCUAUAGCAUCCUGUGUGAGACACGACCUCGUCGAAGCAUUGUGCUGGGGAGUCUCUUAGAUACAUCGUCUAGUUCCAGCUCAGACUACAAUCAAGAGACACCAAGCAUAAACUCUUCAUCUAAAACGUCGCCCCCGCUGUCUGAUUCAGAUGACGAAUGCAAAAGCUCCACUGGUACAAGCUUCCCGACUGCUGAAGGUUGUGGGGACCGCGAUCCCCAGGUCCUGCUUGCCAUCCGGUUAGACAGCGACAUAUUUGAUUUGGAAGCAUGGAUUGAAUGGGUUCGUAAUGCUCCUCCGGAGGCAAAGGGCAUUCGAAUCGAAGGGACUUAUGAUAGUUUCUCGACCCUCGUGCUGCUACGCAUGCCAGUUACCAUCUGGAAUCUGUUGCCAGAGAACUCUGCGUACAGCUUUGUCGGAUUCGUCACAUCUGGAAAUAAAUUCCUCGACGUUCAGCACGAUGCUGCCGUGCCCCCAAACCUGGUCCAAUUUGGGCAGGUGCGACCGUUAGCACCAUCUACCCAUGAUUCGAGCGAUCAAGGCACUCCGAGGCUAGAGAGGCACAGAAGCUUUAAAGCGGCGGGUGACGAAGGGUCCCAAAGCUAUGGAAUGGGACCUAAGGCUCUUGAUCAAGGGCUAAAAGGCUCUUUCGAAUCGCCGGUCAAGACUUCCCACCUCCAAGCAACCCAUGUUAGCUCCCGACCUUCAACGUCUGCUCGGGACAAUACUCCGAUCCCCAUAGUACCUCUUGCUGCCACCGCCGAGUUCAGCGUCAAAGGGAGACCGAUAACUCCGGACUCAGACUCUGGUUUUGAGAUCACUAUGGCCUUGGUGGACCAACUCUCGCUCACUCAAAACUCAGGCUUCAGCAUCUCCCCCAACAUUGACCAUGAACCACUCAAUGAUUCAGCUACGAUAGCCGACGCCAAGGCCGGAGUCGAGGUCGAUAGCGGCCUCUCAACUAAUUUUUCAGACAUUGAAGAUAGCGAUACGGAGUCUAUUGAUUCAGCUGUAACGAACUACCGCUGGGAAAACGGGCGGCGAUACCAUGGAUUCAAAGAUGGAGCGUACUGGGCCCCCAAUGAUGAUCAACAGAACGAAAGCCUUGAUAUUUCACACCACAAAUUUCUCAUGCUCCUUGACGGAAAGCUGCAUCUGGCACCCUUACCAAAAGACAUUGAAAGAGCUCUAGACGUCGGGACAGGGACAGGAAUUUGGGCAAUAGAUUUCGCCAAUCAGUACCCAGAUGCGAUUGUACAUGGUACAGAUCUUUCUCCAAUUCAGCCAGAUUUUGUCCCUUCAAAUUGCGAAUUCUUUAUCGAUGAUGCUGAGGACGAAUGGACAUAUCCGCCGAAUCACCUUGAUUUUGUUCAUAUACGAGGUUUGUUUGGAUCCAUUUCCGACUGGCCUGCUCUGUAUAAGCAAGCCUACAGACAUCUCAAACCCGGCGGCUAUAUAGAGCACAUAGAAAUAUCGAUCGAUGUUAAAUCUGAUGAUGGGACUAUCAAGCCCGAUAACCCGUUGGUCACACUUUCCGACUUUUUCACCACGGCUGGUCGGAUCACUGGACAAACCUUCCGGAUAUCAGACUACAUGAAGCAAGAUAUACAAGAUGCAGGGUUUGUCGGUGUUGUUGAGAAAGUGUACACAGCACCGAUAGGAGGCUGGUCUAAGGACCCGAAGUUGAAAUGGCUGGGGACGUUGACGCUAUUGGCAUUUGAUGCUGGACUCGAUGGGUAUGCGCUGGCCACGCUCACAAGAGUUAUGGGGUGGUCACCUGAUGCAGUCUAUAUAUUUCUGACUCAAGUACGCGCGGCAGCGCAGAAUCGAAGGGUACAUUCUUUUCACUAUAUCAAGGUGGUGUAUGCUCAAAAGCCUUUCGAGACAAAAUUAGCUCAGCGGCGGCAAUAAAAAGCUGAAAGUAUGCUCCUGCAGAAGCACUUCAUAGCGGGGGCGAAGAAAUA